AUGCCCCGCGGCUUCCUGGUGAAGCGCAGCAAGAAGUCCACGCCCGUGUCCUACCGGGUGCGCGGCGGCGAAGACGGCGACCGCGCUCCGCUGCUCUCGCCCGGCUGCGGGGUGGCUCUAGCCGAGCCCCCGAUGCCCAGCCCCGGGCCGGGCCCGCUGCCCUUGCCGCCGCCGCCCCCUCAGCCGGCCGAGCGCGCUCAUGCCGCCCUGGCCGCGGCGCUCGCCUGCGCCCCGGGCCCGCCGCCGCCGCCGCCACCCCCGGCGGGCCCGCGAGCCGCCGCGCACUUCGGCAACCCCGAGGCCGCGCACCCCGCGCCGCUCUACAGCCCCACGCGGCCGGUGAGCCGCGAGCACGAGAAGCACAAGUACUUCGAGCGCAGCUUUAACCUCGGCUCGCCCGUCUCGGCCGAGUCCUUCCCCACGCCCGCCGCGCUGCUCGGAGCGGGCGGCGGCGGCGGCGGCGCGGGCGGCGGCGGAGCGGGCGGCGCGGGCAGCGUGGGCACCUGCGGCGGCGACCCGCUGCUCUUCGCGCCCGCCGAGCUCAAGAUGGGCACGGCGUUCGCCACCGGCGCCGAGGCGGCGCGCGCACCGGGGCCCGGGCCCCAGAUGCCCCCGGCCGCCUCCCUGAGACCCCCGGGGAAGCGCCCCGCGCCCCACGCCGCCGCCGCCGCCGUGGCUGAAGCGCCCGCCAAGGUGGCCAAGGCGUCCGGCGGCGCCAAGAAGCCCAAAGCCAUCCGCAAGCUGCACUUCGAAGACGAGGUGACCACGUCCCCGGUGCUGGGGCUCAAGAUCAAGGAGGGCCCCGUGGAGGCGCCGCGGGGGCGCUCGGGGGGCGCCGCGCGGCCGCUGGGCGAGUUCAUCUGCCAGCUGUGCAAGGAGGAGUACGCGGACCCGUUCGCCCUGGCGCAGCACAAGUGCUCGCGCAUCGUGCGCGUGGAGUACCGCUGCCCCGAGUGCGCCAAGGUCUUCAGCUGCCCCGCCAACCUGGCCUCGCACCGCCGCUGGCACAAGCCCCGGCCCGCGCCCGCCGCCGCCGCCACCGCCCGCGCCGCCGAGCCCGAAGCCGCCGCCGCCCGGGCCGAGGCGCGCGACGCCGCCGCCAGCGGCAGCAGCGACCGCGACACGCCGAGCCCCGGCGGCGUGUCCGAGUCGGGCUCGGAAGACGGGCUGUACGAGUGCCACCAGUGCGCCAAGAAGUUCCGCCGCCAGGCCUAUCUGCGCAAGCACCUGCUGGCGCACCACCACCAGGCGCUGCCGGCCCAGGGCGGGCCCCCGCCGGCCGAGGACCUGCUGCCGCUGUACCCGGCGCCCGACGAGCAGGCGCCCGCCGAGGCGGGGGGCGACGGCGAGGGAGCCGGCGUGCUGGGCCUGAGCGCGGCCGCCGAGUGCCACCUGUGCCCCGUGUGCGGGGAGACGUUCCCCAGCAAGGGCGCCCAGGAGCGCCACCUGCGCCUGCUGCACGCGGCGCAGAUGUUCCCCUGCAAGUACUGCCCGGCCACCUUCUACAGCUCGCCGGGCCUCACGCGGCACAUCAACAAGUGCCACCCGUCCGAGAACAGACAGGUGAUCCUCCUGCAGGUGCCCGUGCGGCCCGCCUGCUAGAGCGCGCGCUCCUCCGCCCGGGGCUCCCCACCCCCCGAACUGUGCCUUCGCUUGGAGAUCCACGGCGAGCGAGAGCGCGUGCCCCGCACACCCCGAAACCGCGCCGCGUCGCCUCGCCUCGCCUCGCUGCGCGGUGGGAUGGGGUGGGGUGGGGUGGGGUGAGGCGCCCAU